AUGCAUAAGAUAACAAGGUUUAUACACUUAUUUAAAAACUAUAUUUUUGACUCUUCGGAGAACAAAAAUAAGAGUCAAUCAUUAUCAACAAAAAAUCAAAAUAAGUAUAUUAAUUUAAAUGAUAAUAAUUUAAUUAAUUUUGGAAAAAAAAUAACUCAGAAACCUAUUUUUACAAAGAAAAAUCUAAAUAAAUCAAAAAUUUACUGUGAGAAGGAUAAAAUGGUUGGUGGUAAUAAUCAUACAAUUUCCCCGUCUGAUAUUGUACCAAAAAAAGUUUUAGGUGGAGAAUCAACAAUAAAAGAUAAUUUAAAUAGCCAAGAAAUUAAUGAUGAAAAUGUGAAUAGUAUGUCAUUAAAUUAUUCAAACAAUAAUCAAAAUUCCCAUAUCAAUGGAUCUGUAAAUAAUGUUGAAUAUUCUCCUGUUCCACAGAAAACUCAUGAUAUUGAGCUAUUAAAAAAGGAAAAAAAGGAAAUAUUUUCAAGAUUUAAAGAUUUAUUUAUAUUUGUAUUUUUGGGAACUUUUUCAAUUUGUACCCUACGUUAUGUUCGUUUUAGAUCAGUAGAAUCAAUGUAUAUAGCAUCUGUUGGCUUAGUUGUUGGUGAAAGUUUUAAAUUAAUAUUAUCAAUAUGGUUUUUAACUUAUGAACAUAAAUCAUUCAAGAAAGCAAUGAAAAUAUUAUAUGUAGGUACAUUUAUUAAUUGGAAAAAUUCAUUAUAUACAGGAAUACCAGCUUUUUUAUAUGCCAUACAGAAUCUCUUAUUCCAAUAUGCCAUUAGUUAUCUUGAUGCAACAGUAUUAUUAGUGACACAACAAUUGAAAAUUUUAACAACUGCACUUUUUGCUGUAACAUUGUUAAAAAGUAAAUUGUCUGGUAUCCAAUGGAUAUCUAUGGUUGUUCUUAUUAUGGGUAUUAUUAUGAUUCAAUGGAAAAUACCUGAAACCAAGAAAAGUAAUUUUGUAGCAACAAAUUUAACUGUAAAUGAUACUAAAGUUGAAAAAAAGUAUUAUCCAUUACCAAAUCCAUUAAAUAUUCCACCACAAAUAAUUGGUUUAUUUAUGGUAUUUGUUGGAACUAUUUUAUCUGGAUUUAGUUCAAUAUUUUUAGAAAAAAUUUUUAAAAAAACUACCCAAUCACUGUGGUGCAUAAAUUUCCAGCUAGCACUUUUUUCAGUACCAAUUUUUCUUUGUGUCUCACUAGUGACUGAUUAUCAAAAAAUAUUAGAAAAGGGAUUUUUUUCUGGUUUUGAUGGUUGGGUAGUAUUAGUAUAUUUUGUAUUUGGUCUUCAUGGUAUGGUGGUUGCUUUGUUACUUAAGCAUGCAUCUUCAAUAUUGAAAUGUUUUGCUUCUGGAUUUAUUAUAGCUGCAACUGCUGUUGUAUCAAUAUUUCUUUUUAAUAUUUAUCCAAAUUUGUUACUUAUAAUUGGAACAGUUAUUAUCCUAUUUGCCGUUUACUUAUACUCAACAUUUCCAUAUAAAAAGAAAAGUACAAUUGUAUUAUCCCAAAAAUGUGAUAAAGAAUCGGCCAAUGCAUAA